AUGACUUAUUUUGGGUACAUAGAGGCAAUAGAUACAUGGCAGUUAAGGAUUGUGGUGGAUGGACACACAUGCAGCAGGGAGCAUAAGUUAGGGCUAUUCAAUGCAAAAUGGUUAAGUAAAAAAUUGGAAAAAAUAGUUAGAGAGAAUCCUGCAGUUAAGGGAGUUGAUAUUAGAGAGAAAAUAAGUAGGAAAUGGAACAUAGCAAUAAGUAAAAAUAUGGCCUAUAGGGCUAAAGCUCAUGCUUCAGAUGAAGUGGAAGGGUCCUUCGCUAUGCAAUAUAGGAGAAUUUACGACUACGCUCAUGAGCUAUUAGCAAGAAACUCAGGUUCCACUAUCAAGGUCAAACUUCAGGAAAAUGAUCAAAUGCGAGUUUUUGAAAGGUUCUACGCAUGCCUCAAGGCAUGCAAAGAUAGCUUUCUUUCAUGCAGACCAAUCAUUGGCGUUGAUGGAGGCUUUUUGAAAGGUAUAUAUGGUGGUGAGCUGUUAACUGCUGUUGCUCGAGAUGCAAACGAUCAAAUGAUGCCACUAGCAUAUGCUGCGGUAGAGGUCGAGAACAAGGAGACUUGGACAUGGUUUAUGGAGCUAUUCAUUGAAGACCUAGGUGGACCUGAGAUGUGUUCUUCACUUACAUUGAUAUCAAACAAACAAAAGGGUUUGUUACACGCUGUAGAGGAUUUACUUCUUGAAAUUGCACAUAGAUAUUGUGUUAGGCAUUUAUAUGCCAAUUUCAGGAAGAAAUUCCCUGGAAAGAAUCUUAAGAAGCUGAUGUGGAGGGCAGCACUGGCAACACACCCACAGAAAUGGGAGAGUGAAAUGAGAAGUAUAAGAGAAGUUAACCUAGAUGCAUUUCGUCACUUGAUAGCAAUUGCUCCAAGGUUUUGGUCUAGAUCUAGGUUCACAACCACAGCUCAAUGUGAUACCUUGGUCAAUAAAAUGUCAGAAGCGUUUAAUAGCAUUUUGGUUCACACAAGGACAAAACCAAUUAUUACAAUAUUGGAGGAAAUCAGACUUUAUAUCAUGAAGAGAUGGGCCACUAAUAGGUCAAGGGUAAAUUCAUUUAAGUCUGCCAUUUGUCCAAAAAUUCUGAGUAGACUGCGAAAGGAGGCCCUACUAACACAGUACUGGAUUCCCAGCUGGUCUGUAGAAAAGAUAUUUGAAGUAAGACAUGUGUCUCACACUGGGGACAAGUACGUAGUGAACAUAAAUGAAUCUUCAUGCUCAUGCAGAAAAUGGAGCCUCAGUGGAAUACCUUGUGUUCAUGCCUUGACAGCAAUGACAUUUCUCAACCUCAAUGAAGAGGACUACAUACCUGCUUGCUUUCACACUUCAACAUAUCAACAAAUAUACUCGUCCAUUAUCUAUCCAAUUAACGGACACAACUUGUGGGAGGUAACCCAAUAUGAAGAUGUCAUGCCUCCAUAA